AUGGAGACCUGGCCUGACAGCGUCAACCAAGUCAAUAAGAUAGCCCUGCUCACCUGGGUGAAAGAGACUGGCAUCAACCUGGUGCAGAUCAACGGGCAGAGGCGAUACGGCGGCCCGCCACCAGGCUGGGUGGGUGACCCCCCACCAACAGGCUCAGAGGUGUUCAUCGGGAAGUUGCCGCAAGAUAUGUAUGAGAACACGCUGAUCCCCCUCUUCCAGAGCGUGGGAAAGCUCUACGAGUUUCGGCUCAUGAUGACGUUCAGUGGGCUCAAUCGGGGCUUUGCCUACGCCAAGUACAGCAAUCGGCGCAGUGCCAAGAUGGCCGUCACUGCCCUCAACAACUUUGAGGUGCAGAAAGGCUACUCCAUCCUGGUGUGCAAGAGCACAGAGAAGUGUGAGCUGAGCAUGGAUGGCCUGGCCACCUCACUGAGCCAGAAGCACCUGAAGAUCCUGCUGCAGGAGGCUGCUGAGGGCAUCCUCAGCAUCACCCUGUAUCCCAGCCCAUACCGGAAACAGGCCCAGCUUGCUGUGCUGAAGUACAGCUCGCACCAGGCUGCUGCCAUGGCCAAGAAAAGCCUCAUGGAAGGGAACAGGAGGAUCUCGGAGGAGGAGCUGAGGGUGGAGUGGCUGAAACCUGACCUGAAGCAGAAACUGCGAUACAGCGAGGAGACGUCCUCUGCCACCUGGGUAUCCCAUGGCAAGUGUCCAGGGAGCCCCAAGCAGGCGCAUGUGCCCCUCUCUCCAGUGCAGGGCAAGGCGCUGGACCUCCUGGACACCCUGUGCUGGAGGCGGCACCUGGGUACCCCCUUGUUUUUCACAAAGUGUGUCCAGGCCAACCCUGACGGGUGGCUGCGCUUCUGGUGCCAAGUGGUGAUCCCGGGGUACCCGCUGCCCAUGAGUGGGUUCACGUGGGUCCGGCAGGAUGUGUCAGGUGCCAGUGGGCACGACAAGGCAAAGGACAUGCUGGCGAUGCAGGUGCUCAGGAUACUGGGGUGCGAGGUGGCCUAG